AUGUUCGAGAAAAAGUUCAACAUUGAAGUACAAACUUUACAGCCUUUACGUGAGUUUCUUGCACAACUGAAGGAAGAAGGUAGUCGGCCACAACUUAUAGACUUUCAUUAUGAAUUUAAUGAAAAUGAAGAUGGAACUCAUGACUGUCAGUUUGUUAUAUAUUCACCAUUCAAUGAAGUAGCUAAAAAGAAAGAAAAUCCAUUACGUAUAAGGUUUCAAAUCUCUGAACCCAAUGAUGAUUUCAAGAAUGUUUUCAAUUAUGAUGCAAUGCUUCCGAGGAAAAAUGAAUUUUCAAAGAUUGUAACACCUGGCAUUUGGGAUAGAAAGCAAGCUAUAUUAUAUUCAAACUUAAGUAAGGGAGUUGAAAAUGAGUUCAUUGGUCAUACAAGAACUUCACCACUUCCUAACCCUAAAUACUAUAAAUUAACUGGCUUCAAUCGUGAGUUUUGGAUAGACAUGUUCUCCACUCAUGACCAUAACUGCCCAGUGUUCUUACCUCCAGACCAUAAGGACUGUCUCUAUAUUGAAGCACAACUCUUAAACUCUACCAUCGCAGUAUUGUAA